GGCAACUUCGAGCAUCUCUCAUUUCUCUGUGAAAUUUUAUGCACGUCGUUUGUUUAAAUGCAAAAUUGAAAUUUGAAAAUGAUCUUGUUCUAGCUAAUAUAUAAAGAGCAUUUAAAAGUAUAAUGAAAAUUGAUCGGACGAAAUUAAGAAAGAGUUCCUCUGAAGUGCCUACAGAUUGCAAGGCACUUAUUGACAAAUUAAAAUCAUGCAGUCAUGAUGAGCUUUUGGAAGAGUUAUCAAAAGUUAAGAUAUGGAAUUGUGGAAAGUGUGAACUGUAUCAUUGGAUUGAUGUAUUGGAUGCGUUUGACUAUAUUUUGGAGGUUUCAUGUGAGAAAACGAAAGAAAACCAGUGGUGCUUGCCCUGUGAUGCUCCAGGAAGUGAAAAGAAGAAACAGCUGCUAUUAUGUGUGUUACAGUUUACAGCUCUUUUAAUAGAGCAUAGUUUUUCUCGUCAUUUUUAUAACUCAAUGGAACAUUUAACCACACUGUUGUCAUCAAGUGAUAUAGAUGUAGUUCUUGCUGUGUUGAACUUACUUUAUGUAUUUAGCAAAAGAUCCAAUUUCAUAACAAGAUUAAGUGCUGAUAAACGACAGACGUUAUUACUUCGACUAUUAUAUCUUGCUGAAAGUUGGGGAGGAAAAGAAAAUGGAUUUGGUCUUGCAGAAUGCUGUCAGAAUUUACCAAUCAGUUCUUAUCCUCCAAGUGCUUCAACUUUACAUUUUGAAUAUUAUGCAGAAUCCCAUGGAGACAAAAUUCCAAGGAAACAAUCAAAUGCAAUAAUUGCCAUCCACAUUGAUCAUGUAGAUAAAAUUCCGUAUAAAACACCUUCUCAAAUAAUGGAGGAACUUGUUGAUAAAUAUGCAGUUCCUGAAGACAAACAGAUGCAGCUCUUCACGCACAUAAGACUAGCUUACAGUUUUUCAAAUUAUACCAAAAGGAUGCUGUGUGUGCAAGCCAGACUUCAAGCCUUAUCAGUGCUAGUUUACUGCAAUGCAGUGCCUGACAAUGUUAAUUCUCUUUUGUAUAAUGGCCUCAUUGAAGAAUUGGUUGAUGUAUUGGAAUUACAAGAUAAUAGUCUAAUUGAAAUUAAAGCUGCUGCAUUGAGAACUUUGACUUCUAUUAUUCAUUUAGAUCGGAAUCCAAAACUAAAUGCAAUAAUUGAUGCAACAGGUGCAGCAUCAUACCAUGGAUUUUUACCUGUUUUAGUCAGGAGCUGCAUACAAGCAUUAACGGAGCCUGGAUCAGAUCCUUUUCCACUGCCUUUUGCAACUGCCUUAUUUUCAUUUUUGUAUCAUCUGGCUAGUUAUGAGAAUGGAGGUGAAGCUUUAGUAUCAUGUGGUAUGAUGGAAUCUUUGCUGAAAGUAAUCAACUGGUACAGCACUGAAACGGAACAUAUCACGUUUGUUACUAGAGCUGUACGUGUCAUAGAUUUAAUUACGAACUUGGAUAUGCAAGCUUUUCAAACUCAUGGAGGCCUUGCAAGUUUCAUACAACGGUUAGAAACAGAAGUAAAUGUCUGCCGGCAAGAUCAACCAUUUGUUAUAAAUCCAGUAUUAAAUUUGCCUGUAUCUGCACCAAGUGAUGUUUCUGCUCCUUCUAAUUCGCCUGCAAAUACAGAUAAUGAAGUUGCUAUGGAAAUUGAUUCAAUGUCUCCCGAUAACAGGCUACCAGAACAAGUUGAAAAAUGUGAAGAUGCAUUAAAUGUGGAGAGUAACAGUUUUAAAAAAGGUUUACAAUGUUUUCCCCAAAGGGCAGCUCUUUUGAAAUCAAUGCUAAAUUUUUUGAAAAAAUCAAUUCAGGAUCCUGCUUUUUCUGAUAGCAUCAGACAUUUGAUGGAUGGAACUCUUCCACAAUCAUUAAAACACAUUAUAAGUAAUGCUGAGUAUUAUGGUCCUUCAUUGUUUCUCUUGGCUACUGAUGUUGUCACUGUUUAUGUGUUUCAAGAACCAUCACUUCUGCCAUCGAUGCAGGAUAAUGGAUUAACGGAUGUGGUACUUCACGCCUUACUAGUGAAAGAGGUUCCUGCUACUAGAGAAGUUUUAGCUUCACUUCCUAAUGUGUUUAGUGCAUUAUGUCUUAACAGCCGUGGUUUGCAAUCUUUUGUUGCUUGUAAACCUUUUGAAAAACUGUUCAGAGUCCUUGUGUCUCCAGAAUACCUGCCAGCCAUGCGUAGACGUCGUAGUUCUGAUCCAAUUGGAGAUGCUGCUAGUAACUUAGGAAAUGCAAUGGAUGAACUAAUGCGUCACCAACCCAGUUUAAGAACAGAUGCUACAGCUGCAAUAAUCAAAUUGUUAGAAGAACUAUGUGCUAUGGGCAGAGAUCCAAAAUUUAUUUGUUCGAGACCUACAGCGAAACCUGAGACUAUAGCAGCCACUGUAACUAGAAUUGCUGCAAGCUUAUCAAAUGAAGCUGGGUCUUCUGAUGAAGAAGAUGAUGAUGAUGAAGAUACUGGUGGAGGCCCUGUUCAAGGUUCCUUGCCCAAACCUUUAAAUGAUCGUUGCAAUACUGGAGAAACAAAUAGUUAUGGUUCAAAAACUGCUGUACCUUUGGUGGAUUAUAUUCUUAAUGUGAUGAGAUUUGUUGAUGCAAUAUUGAGCAAUAAUUCAACUGAUGAUCACUGUCGAGAAUUUGUUAGACAGAAAGGCUUAGUUCCUUUGAUGGCUAUUUUAGGAUUACCUAACUUACCAAUUGAUUUUCCUGUUACUCCUACAUGCCAAGCAAUUUCAAGUGUGUGCAAGUCUAUAUUGAAUCUCGCUCAUGAACCCCAAGUUUUAAAGCAAGGUUUACUGCAUUUAAAUGAAGUUUUACAGAGCUUAGAGCAUUUGCACCGCCCUUUAGAUCCUCCAGGUGGGAGUGUACUUCUAGAGGAACUUAUUAGUGCACCUAAUGUAAAUGAUGCUACAUUAAGUGCUCAGUCUACUCCUUUGUUACAUUACAUGUCUGCAGCACAUGCAUACAUAAUAAUGUUCAUUCAUGUCUGUCGUACAGGACAGACAGACAUUCGUACCAUUUCUGUCAGUCAUUGGGGUUCUGAACUUGGCCUUAGUGUUUUGAAAGGCCUAAGCUCUUUGUAUACAUCAUUAGUUUGGGAAAGUACAGUUUUGCUAGCUUUGUGUAGCAAUGAUAGUGCUCUUGCAGAAGAUUGUCAGUUUGGUCGUCAACAACUGGAAAAGCUUUUGCCCAAAGAUUUCAAAUGUGAUAAAGAUGAAAGUAGUAAUCAUAGUUCUGGUGAGUUUGGUUCAAAUGGUGUUUCAUCUGCAAUGGAAACCCUCAGUACUAAUGGUUCAUCACUCAUGGAUGUAGAUGAAGCUUGUCAUUGUUCUUCAAGUGAUGAUGUUGUGAAUGGAAAUCCACAAAAUGGUGAAAAACCAAAAGCUAAAGCUUUCCACGCUCAAAUAAAGUUGAUUAAACCAUUAUUAUCUGGUGCUUCUCGACUAGGACGUGCAUUAGCUGAAUUGUUUGGUUUGCUAGUAAAACUUUGUGUUGGUUCGCCUAUGCGCCAAAGGCGUGGUCAGCAAAUCCCCCCAUCACCAAGUUCUCCCUCUCCUGCUGCACGUGCAGUUGCAAGUGCUCUUACCCGCUUAUUAGCUAUGGGACUGUCUUGGGAACCACCUCCUGCCUCCCCAGUACCAAAGUUCCGACUGACGUUUUAUAUUUGCUCAGUCGGCUUUACUUCACCUAUGCUCUUUGAUGAACGAAAGUAUCCUUAUCACUUGAUGCUUCAGAAAUUUUUAAGUUGUGGUGGUCUAGAUGCUUUUUUUAACACUUUUCGAUGGGCCUUGACAUGUGGGAAUAAGGUACCAAUUGAAGAUGGUUUAGAGCACCCUGAACUAUCUGAUGGCACUGGUGAAUUUCUUGAUGCUUGGUUGAUGCUUCUGGAAAAAAUGGUUAAUCCAAGAAACGUUUUGGAAUCUCCUCAUACUUUACCCUCAAAAGUCAAUGCUCCUGGAUAUACGAAUUUCAGUCCUAUUUUAUAUUUGGUUCAUAUUCACAAAAGAGCUUUUGAAAGUAUAAUGUAUCUUUGGGAUCGCAAGCCUCUUCUAGUGUAUGGAGAAAGAAUUGCAGAAUCAAUAUUGGCAAUAAUCUGCCAUUUGCUUAAAGGUGAAACUAUAAUAAAGGAAAGACUUACAAAAGGAGAUGAAGUUCAAACACCUGUGCCUCAAGCAGUUAUAACAAAUACCGCUGCUGCAGCUGCUUCAGCUAAUAGAAUAAUUACUCGCAGUAGAAGAUUUUUAGAAAAUGAUGAUACAAGUGUGAAUCAAGAUCAUUUAGUUCAACUUGUUGAUAUGGGAUUUUCAAGAAGUUUAGCAACUGAAGCUUUAUUAAAUACAAAUUCACUUGAGCAAGCAACAGAUUACUUGCUAAGUUACCCUUCUUCAUUGGGAAGAGGAAGUGCUGUUGGUCCUCCUCCUCCAAGUUUAGGAAUGGAUUGGGAAAUGUCUGAAGAAGAUCAAAUGCUUCGAGCUAUUGCAAUGUCUUUGGGUGAAAAUGUUUUGGUGUCUACAAAUCAAGUGGAGGGAGAAUCUAAUAAGACAGAUGAACAAAAAGAAUAUGAAUUUGAACAGAAAGUUGAAGAACCAUUAUCAUCUCCAACUGUUGAUGGUUUUACAGAAAAUAUUGUGGAAGGUUGCCUUAAGCUGGCUGAUGUUUUGCCUGAGACAGUUUAUCGUUGCUGUGAUUUGUUGAUUUCUGUUGCAGCAAGAAAUGGAGAAAAAUGGAGAAAUCGCUUUUUGAUUGAAAGAUUACUUAAUGAGAUGCAUGUUCAUAUGUACUCGUUGUUGAAACAUCUAAAAAGUGGCUGCAUACCCAAAGACAAAAAAGGUUGGGGUAUUGGAGCUAAAUUGCCAUGGGUGCCUGCUGAAACUCGAUUUGCUAUUAGACUGCAUUUAUUCACCUUAAUUUUUGAGGAGAUGAAGAUACCUUGUGCAACUUUGAUUGAAAAUCGAGAACUUAUAGGAUUUUUUAUACGAAUUUUAGAAUUGACCGCAGAGUGCAUGAAAAAACUGCAAGAUGAAGCUACACCUAAAUGGCUGCCGUUUUUAAUACUGCUCAUUGAUCUGUACGAAAAAGCUGCUCUAAUGUCGGCCAGAAAAGCACCACUCCUUUUGGCUCCUAAGCGGCAAUGGAAAUGGUUUGAUGACAGAAGCGGUAAAUGGAACAAUUACACUAUGGCAAACAACAAAAUGAUUGAUGAUGCCUAUAAAGCUGGAGAAACUAGUUUGCGUUUUACUGCUGGCAGACGAAAUUAUACCGUUCAACUUACUACAAUGGUGCAAAUUAAUGAGGAGACUGGUAAUUGGCGUCCAAUUAUGUUAACAACUGAUAGCAAGGAAGAAAAAGAGAAGACCAAAUCUAAAGAAGAAACAAAAGGUUCUGAGUUAUCGAUCAAUUUAGAUGAUACUUUGGAUGAAUUAAAUUCAUCUGAUAAUGGUAGUCAAAGCCUGGACUCUGCGCAGCUGACUACACAACCAGUGCAGUUAAAAGUUAUUACCCGUUUGUCACAUCAGCAGUGCAAAAGUUUAAUUAGGAUGUGUGUUACAUUAAUGAAAGUUCAUCUGGAACCAGAUACACUCCAUUCAGUAAUGAGGCUUGCUUUGCGGUUAACACGUCACCAUGAAAUUGCUGCUAUGUUUGCCAGUAUGGGUGGAGCAAAGAUCCUCCUUACAUUAACACAGCCUUAUGCAUUUAUAGGUUUUACAUCUUUAACUACUCUAUUGUUUCGUCACAUUUUAGAAGAUCCUCUUACUUUAGCUAAUGCAAUGGAGAAAGUAAUUAGAUCAGCUGCUGUUGGAACGUCUUCCAUGUUUGUAUCCAAAGAAAUGCACUAUGUCUUUCGAGUUCUAGGUCCUGCUGCAUGCCGAGACCCUGAACUGUUUUGUACAGUUGCAUCUAAUACGUUGAGGCUAGCCAUUUUGCCGCUGUCAAAUCGAGAUGAAGGUGACAGUAGAUUCAACAGCAAUUGUUCUGUCCAAAUGUUGAAGCCUUCUACCGGUAAAACAAAUCUAUCUUCAUUAGAUCUUGCUGAAGAACCUCAUGCUGCAAACUACCUGAUCUUUGAUCUUUUGAAUGCUCUAAUUGCUAAACCAGUGGAAGUUCCUGAAGAAGCAACAACUCCUCUAGAAACUAAUACAGAUACUACAUCAUCAGAUCAGCAGUCACCUUUACGUGAAGUGAAUGCAAGUGAUCUACUGAAUACAGAUGAUGAUGAUGGAUUGGUUAUCCCAUUAACUAUGCCAAGUGUUGAUGGAUUUGGUGACAGUACUGAAUCGAUCAAUAAUCCUAGAGACAGUAAGAGCACGAAGGAUCCAAACAAAGAAAACAAAUCUGAGUCAAGCUCUUUGAAAAAUAUACCCAUUAUUCGCAAAUCCGGAAUCUGCAGAUUGCUGGCUGAAUUAGUUAGAUCUUAUCCACAUGUAGCCAAAAUUAUAACAGAUCAUUAUUAUACUGUUGGUGCAUCAGAAUUGGUCACUGAGGGUUGCUCAGCUCUAGCUUUUAUAUUGGAUAAUUUGCUUCAUAGUAGCCAAACGGCUGGAGACAAAGAAACUCCUGCAUUGGCUAGAGUGCUGAUAGCAUCAAUUGCCUCAUGUACUAGUUGUGUUGAAGCUCAAAAUGCUCUUGUGGCUGAAGUACGAUUAGCCCUUCUUAGAGCCUUGGCUCUUCCAGAAAGCACAGACAAGCAUACUCGGGUUCAAGCUCUUACAGGUUUAAUAAGCACAAUGAUUGAAUCUUGCCCAUCAACAACACAGAACCCAGCUCCUGGAUGCACCUUAAGAUCGCAAACAAUAACGAUGAAUAACAUUGUACGAAUUCUUCUAAAGAAAGGUGUUGUUGUUGACUUAGCUAAAAUACCUCAUUAUCUUGAUUUGUCAAGCCCUCAUAUGGCAGCAACUGUAAAUAGCGCUCUUAAACCAUUAGAAACUUUGUCUCGGAUUGUGAAUCUACCUUCAGGCCAUGUUACAAAUAAAUCAAGGAACAAAACUACAAAUUCAAGCUCAGAAGUAAGAGAGUCUGUGCCUGAAGCAAUGGAAGAAGAUACUUCCAGUGCUCGAUGUAGUUCUGAUGUCUCUCUUCCUUAUCGUGCAGGUACUGGCAAUGCAGCUGAAAAUAGAAUUGAUCCUGCCCUUGAUGGGAUUAUGAAUGAAAUUCUUGAGAACCCUAAUUCAGAAGGUGAAAGAAGAAGUCCUGCAGAUGCAUUUGAUGCUUGGAUUCGCAACAUAUCUAUGCUUCCAACUGAAGAUUAUGACAACUUGUGGCUUGAAGGAGGUGCUAACCAUAGUCUUCUUCAGGAAUUACAUAGAAAUUGUUCAGAACCUACUCCUGAAGAAGAGGAUGCAGAAGAGGUGGCUAGAGAUAGAACAAACCCAACUCAAACAAGUGCUGUUGUUAGCAUGCGUGAUCCAGAUAUUACUGUCACAGUAGAAAUGGAUAAUCAUGGUAACCCUCAACUUGGAUCUCGACGUUCAAAUUCUUUUGGUGAACGGAAUCAAGAUGACCAGAAUGAAAGCAGUGAUUCUGAAAGUAACUCAGAGUCAGGCCAUAGUCAUAGUGAAGAUGAUGCAGAGCGUGAUGAAAGACCUGAGAGAGAUGAUGAUGAUGAUGACGAUGAUACCUCCCGUUUUGAUGUUGCUGAUGAAUAUCCUGGCUUAGAUUUCUUCCAAGUUCAAGACAGAGAUGACAGCUUGUUUUUCCACCUUGAGGAAGUUUUUCCAACUUCAGGUGGCUCUCCAGUAAUUUUUGGAGGUACAGAUGCUGUUAGAACAUUUCAAAUUCCGGUUGUCACCGAUGAGGCUACUAAUGGAAACGAAAAUCCUGCUCCAACUGUUCCACCUGCACCAAGAUCUGUUACUACUGUGCACCCUCUCUUAGUUCGUCAUACUGAUUUACCGUGUUCUCUACAACCUCGUGUUCAUCGUCGGCAAAGAGGUUAUAGGCCUACAAUGAGUAAUCAUACAUGGCAUAUGUACACUAGCUCCAAUGGAAAUAGUGCUAGUACUACUCGUCAACCAAAUCCACCUGUUAUUUUGCAAAGAUUGCUUGGCCCAAAUACAGCUCAAGAUUUACUUCAAUUAACUUCAAAUUAUAGUUCUCAUCCUCAAUCUUCUGCUUCUUCAAGAGUUGUUUUUGCAAAUAGUGACUUCCGUAUACUUGCUACUGAAGAUGAAGUAUUUGAAAUACAGGAGCAAAGUAGUAAUGUUUCUGGGGAGAACUCGGGUACCUUAGCUGCUAUUCCAUCUCCUCUGAAUAGGUGGGCUGAAGAGUCUCGUGUGCUUGAUGGAGAUAGUAUUCAUGAUUGUGUGACUGGUUUAAAGCCAACAAUAAUAAAAUGUUUAGAGGCUCAUCGAGAUGAUGAACUGUCAGAAAGAAGGGAGAAGAGAAGGAAACUUCAAGAUAAGUGUAAUGAAAAAAGUGAUGCAACCUUAGUCAAAGACAAAGAAUCAUUUGUGGUGGUUAGUAGCACUCCACAACCAAAUGGUGAAGCUCGUGCUCCAUCAAUGGAAAUUGCUGAACCUGCUAGUCAGUUUGAGAGCAAUAUUUCUGCAACCCUUAGCAUGCCUAUUUUGAAUUUAGAAGAAGAUGCAACAGCACAAGACUUAAGAUCUCUUAGUACAGAAAGGCUUGCUGCUUCAAUAGUAGAGCAAGUUUUGGGUCCUGCCUUAGCUAUCACUUCAAAUUCUGGAUCUUAUCUUUCUCCAACUACUACAUCAGAGACUACUUCUUCCCUUGCAAAUCUUGUGACUUCUCAAGAUACAGCAGCUCCUUCAGUUCUAAGUUGCUCUGGCAAUUGUUCACAACAACAGUGCACCUUGUGUAGAUUAUCACCUUCUAACACUUCCAGUUGGGUAAAUCUUCCAAGUAGUGCUUCCAGAUCAUCUGCCAAUAAUGGAGUCUUCUGCAGUCUUUCUAUUCCAAUGGAUACUAGCGAAACUGAUGCCCCAGAUUUUAAUGUUUUAAAUCGUCCUGAAAGUCCUAGUGUGCAUUUUCAAAUGUCAUCGCCAGUUGAAGGCAAUAGAAACUCUACUAAUUUCUCUGGUCAUGGUUCAGUUCCUACUUCAGCUGAUCUACCAACACACAUUCUUAGGAGGGCUGACCCUUCAGUUCCAAGGCCUAUUCCUGAAACAAUAGAUCUGUUGGAUUCUUCUCCUGAGGCUAGUCUAAAUUUGUCAUUAAACCAGCAAGAGAGCUCAGAAGAUUCUGAUAAAACAUAUAAUCCAAAUUUAGCAGUUGAAACAAUUCCAAUGGAUGUUUACAGAACACAGCAAAUGGGUUCACUUUCUCCUGAUGAGGCUAAAGAUUUUGAUCCUGCUGUAGGUGAAACUAUGGAGAGGUUAACUGUAUCAUCUUUAACUUUUAAUGAGCAACGACAUGAACCAAGUGGGAUGUUGAAUGACACAUUAAGCUCUCCUGCAUCUCCUGAUGAGAAUAAGGCUGAAGUUAAGUCUUCAAAUGUCUUGCCACAAGCUUUGCCGAUUUCUGAAGAAGCACCAUCAGGUUCUCCAUCUGUGAUAGUAGUUUCAGAUUCUUCUGAUGAGAACAAAACUGAAGCCUUAACGGAUCCUUUUUCAGACCCAUCUGCUAUAACAGAACCAAUCUGCUAUGAGCGAGAUGGGUAUCACGUCACGAUGUAUCCUGAGAUGAUACGAGAUAUUAUAGAAACAGGUAGUGGGCACCUACUGAAUUCAUUCUUGGCGCAACAAUCCAACUCAACAGCACAGAAUGUUCCUGUAACCCAAACUGAAAAUGCACCAACUUGCAACUCACUUAGUAAUGCUGCAAAUCAGUCCAGAAUUCCUGCUCCUAGUUUGAUGUCGGAUGAUGCACUUCCAUGUGAAAGACCAGCAAUUUCCGGAAAUGAUGCCCCACCUGACUUUUCAAAUGUUUUAAGUGGUGGAGAUGAAAUACCAGAAGGAGUUGAUCCAUCAUUUUUAGCAGCAUUACCAGAUAACAUUAGACAAGAAGUGAUCGCUGAGCAGUUGCGACUACAGCGCUUGAGGCAGCGUACACAAACAGUUGCUAAUGAAAACUCAACUGAAGGAGCGUCUUUUACUGAAGUUAACCCUGAAUUUCUUGCUGCACUUCCUCCUAAUAUUCAAGAAGAGGUAUUAGCACAGCAGAGAGCUGAACAGCAAAGAUUAGCAGCUCAGAAUUCAAAUCCAGAUAUCCCUGUUGAUCCUACAAGCUUUAUUCAAACUCUUCCUCAAGGCCUGAGACAACAGGUUUUAGCUGAUAUGGAUGAUAGUCUUUUAGCUCUUCUUCCACCUGAAUUAGCCUCUGAAGCUCAUGCCUUGAGAAGAGAACUUGAAGCAAGGCAUAGACAGAUUCAAGAACGUUUCUUUUCAUCUCAUGCUGGUACUGCCCUCUCUAGAAUUCUGCGUUCUGCUGGCCGUGUUGGUGCUCGAUACACAAUACACAGUCUUCCUCAACGGGGUCAAUGGACAUGGAAUGCCUUGUCACCUAGAGGCACUUCAAGUCCAUCUGGAAAUCCUGCUGCAGUAAGUGGAGCAUCAUUGACUAGUUCAAUGAGACUUAGAGGACGCUAUUUAUUGGACCAUGAAGCUUUAGCGUGUCUGCUUGUUCUGCUAUUUGUAGAUGAACCACAACUAAAUACUGGUAGAUUGCACAGAGUUCUAAGGAACUUGUGCCACCAUGGACCAACAAGAAAUUGGGUUGUGAAGUCUUUGCUCUCUAUAUUGGAAAGAACUAAAGAUUACCAAGUUCCUGAAACCCCUACUGAUUCCCAUCGUCAUAAAAGGACUACUAAAACUUCUUCAACAGCAGAAUAUAAUGCUGCAAUUUCGAACAGCAGCAAAUCUGAUUCAGCAAACAAAAGUGGUCAACCUUCAUGGUUAUCUAUCAGUUUGGAUGCAGCAUUGGGUUGCAGAACUAAUGUUUUUCAGAUUAGACGUUUAACAACUGCUCACAGAAGAGCAAAUGAAAGACAUGCUUUUUGGACACAAGGUGUACUUUCUCCAAAUAUUCCACUAGUUACUAUUCAUCCACUUGCUUCUCCUGUCAUAUGCAGGCAUGUAUUGGAUACCUUAAUAUCACUUGCAAAGAGUUUUCCAGUUCAUUUCUUACCUGAUGCUGGAAAAGAAGAAAAAAUUAAGGAAAGCAGUUGUAAAGGCGACCAAAAGUUUAGUAAACCUGCAGUCACACCAAGCAAAAUUGAACCUAAGGUCUCGAAUGCAAAAAACGAAAAUGCUCUACGAACUGAAAGUGAUUUUUGGGAUGUUCUUAUACGUCUGGAUUCACUGAGUACUACAAAUCGCAAAGGGAAAACUUAUCGUGCUCCAUAUGGAUCAUCUUCAAGUGCAUCUGAUGAAGAAGUUAAAAGCCCUGCUGGAUUUGAGAAUACACCAUUGGCACAGUUGAUUGGCUUGUUGGCUCACCCAGUUGUGAAGCGCAGUUCUGUAUUAACAGACCGCUUAUUAAGGUUGUUGGCUUUAAUUUCUUUAGCAUUGCCAGAACCCAAAACUAUUCCAAAAGACAGCAAAUCAAACUCUGAUUUCCGCCAUCAAAAUACUGAAGGAGAAUCUCCUGCAUCUGAUUUAAACUCUCGAAGGUCUUUCUUUCCUAGAUAUGAUAUCAAAAAAGGUCCCAAGACAUUAGCAGAUGCACUACAGAUUAAAAGUGGUGAUAAAUCUGAAGAAGAAGAUCCUAUGAAACAUUACUUGAAGUUGGCUGUUGAAGUUCUCACAUCUAAAACAUGCUCAGAAGAAGGAUUAGAAGAUGCGACUGCUCUCCUGCUAAGAUUAUCACGUGGAUGCUUGAAAACGCGUCGCACAGUAUUGUAUUUAUUGCUGGAUGGAGCUAGACAAUUAGGUCAAUCUGUUUGUGAAAAUAUCCAAGCUUUAAUGCAUGAAAUGCGAAAUGCUCAUACUUCCUACCAGGCUGAAAAAUCUUUUGAGUGUGAUGAUCAUGAUUAUGACGGGAAAGUUAAAGGAACUAUUCAGGACAGGUUUACACAUAGAGCUGUUGUCAUAACUGCUCCAAAAGUUAAAGGAAGAAGUGGUAGAGAACUUCAGUUACAGUCCAUGUCGGCCUUGACAAGCAAAUCAUCCAGUCAAGCUUUCUUUUUGCGGAUAUUGAAAGUCAUUAUUCAGCUAACUGAAUCUACUCAGCUUGCAACUAAAGUAAAACCACUUCCAGAAACAGAGUCGGCUGAAAAUGGAACUGAAGAAAAUGUGCCUUCAACUAGUUCCCAACCUUUCACCUCUGACAGCUCUUUAUCUGUUUUAAACACAGCUACAUUAGAAGCAUCAAAUUCAUUUUCAAACCUUUGGGACAUGGAUUUUUCAGUUGCACAAGGAAAUUCGAAGGUAACUUCGGAAAGUCGGAAAGAAUCUGAUCCAAUUCACCUGAGUAGUCAGUUGAGACUUGAUGUAUUAUGGAAUGCUCUUAGUGACUGUUUAUCAGAAUUAGCUGAAACUCCUGAUCAUCAUGCAGUCUUGGUCCUACAACCUGCAGUUGAAGCAUUUUUCUUGGUGCAUGCUUCAUCUGAAAAAGAAAACAAGAAGAAAGAUGGCCCACAAGAUUCCUCAGAAAGUGAAAUGGCUCAUCUUCAGGAUGCUCCACCAAUGUCACCUCUCAAUGUUACUGGAGCACUGGAACAAAGCAUGAAUACUUCAGAAAUUUUGUCAGCAUCAACUGCAGUAAAAGUGUCAAGUGAUAAAAAGAAGUUUUUGAAAUUUGCAGAAACCCAUCGGACAGUACUUAAUCAAAUAUUAAGACAGUCGACUACUCCUUUAGCAGAUGGUCCAUUCUCAGUGUUGGUAGAUCAUACUAGAGUAUUGGAUUUUGAUGUUAAACGUCGCUACUUCCGACAAGAACUUGACAGAAUGGAUGAAGGUUCUAGAAGAGAAGAUUUAGCUGUUCAUGUGCGUAGGGAACACGUUUUUGAAGAUUCUUUUAGAGAAUUACAUCGAAGAACUCCUGAAGAUUGGAAGAAUAGGUUUUAUAUAGUGUUUGAAGGAGAAGAAGGUCAGGAUGCUGGUGGUUUGCUUCGUGAGUGGUAUACUAUCAUUUCUCGAGAAAUUUUCAAUCCUAUGUAUGCUUUGUUCACAACUUCUCCUGGUGAUCGUGUUACCUAUAUGAUUAAUUCUUCUUCACACUGUAAUUCAAACCAUUUGAGUUACUUUAAAUUUGUUGGGCGUGUUAUUGCCAAAGCUGUGUACGAUAACAAACUUCUGGAAUCUUAUUUCACUAGAUCAUUUUACAAACAUAUUCUUGGAAAGUGUGUCAAGUAUACAGAUAUGGAAAGUGAAGACUAUUCAUUUUACCAAGGUUUAGUUUUCUUACUUGAGCAUGCUGUUAAAGAGCUAGGAUAUGAAUUGACAUUCAGCGUUGAAGUUCAAGAAUUUGGUGUUACAGAAAUAAGAGACUUAAAGCCUGAUGGAAGGAAUUUGCCUGUUUGUGAAGAGAACAAGCAUGAUUAUGUUAAACUAGUUUGUCAAGAAAAAAUGACUGGCGCAAUUAGAAAACAGCUAAAAGCAUUUUUAGAAGGUUUCUAUGAAAUCAUUCCAAAAAGACUCAUAUCAAUAUUUAAUGAGCAAGAAUUAGAACUUUUAAUAUCAGGACUGCCAAAUAUAGAUAUAGAUGAUCUAAAAGCUAAUACAGAAUAUCACAAGUACCAACCUACUUCACUGCAGAUUCAGUGGUUUUGGAGAGCUUUACGUUCUUUUGACCAAGCAGACCGAGCCAAUUUUCUUCAGUUUGUUACUGGUACAUCAAAAGUUCCAUUGCAAGGAUUUGCUGCUUUAGAAGGAAUGAAUGGAACACAAAAGUUUCAGAUACAUAGAGAUGAUCGAUCUACAGAUAGACUUCCAUCAGCACAUACAUGCUUCAACCAGCUUGAUCUUCCUGCUUAUGAGACUUACGACAAGCUCCGAUCCAUGUUAUUGAAAGCCAUCCAUGAAUGUUCAGAAGGAUUUGGAUUUGCUUGAUUUGUAAUUGUAUACAGUUUCCUCUCUUGGUGCCUAUGUGAUAUGAGUACUUGCCAAUCUCUAAUGAGGGUUUUUGUACUCCACAGUCACUAGUACUAUCAUACUUUGUUUCUCAAAAACUGUAGUUAUGUGACUACUGGACAUAAGUGAAAACGUUGCGUGUAUAGAAUAUUAAGUUUCAAUGAGGCUACCAUACCUGCAUAUUUUCUUUUUAUGUCAUUUGUUCUUGGAAUUUACAUGCAGUAUGCCAUAUAUUUGUUAGAUUACAUGAUUACAAAAUGUUUUUAAAUUUUUUAAAUGAAUUCAUGUUACACUUAUGAAUUUUUUGAAGAUAAUACCACAUUAAAUUGUGAAUUGCUCAUUGAACAUUCUCAUACUUUUAUUAUUUGUCUAAUAUUUAAUUUAUAUUAAUAUGUUGUAAGUUAUUAAUAUGAUGUAGUUUAUUAUUGUUUACAUUUUAUACUCAAUACUUUUUGAUCAUGUGAAUGAAUUACAUGAUGCAACAUUUUAAUACGAAAAGAGUAAAUAUCCUACAGUUUGAUACUUAUGAGAUAUGUUUAGACUGUGAUGAAAAUUUUCAAGAUUAUAGAAAAACCGCUUAUUUAAUUUUCAAGACAUCUUUUGCUUACAUGUUAUUUUUUUAAAAUGUAAUUAAAGUAGACAUUUAUAAAGGCAAUUUUC